UAUGUAGAACUGGCAAAGCAAUUAGUACAUUUGAAAGGGAGUCCAAAUUUCACUAAUUUACGCGCUGAUUAUACUCCUCUAAUGGAGGCGUCUUGCGGUGGUCAUGCCGAAAUAGUGAAGUUUUUAUUAGAUCAGGGCGCUGAUAUAAAUGCAGUUAGUUCUACACAAAAUACAGCUUUGACUUAUGCUUGUGGUGGUGGUCAUUUACAGUGUGUUAGCGUAUUAUUGGCUUAUAAUUGUGAUAUUACCAUGCAAAAUUCAAAUGGACAUUGUGCUUUAAUGGUUGCGGCAAGUUCCGGAUAUGCUGAUAUUGUUCAUCUUUUGGUUAAAGCUGGUGCAUCACCUACUGCAAAAACUUUACAGUGCGAUUUUAAAGUUGGCGUGGAAUCGCCUCUCACAUUAGCAUCAUUCAAAGGCCAUAGUGAUGUUGUCAGGUAUUUAUUGAAAAAUGGUGCGAAUCAACGUCCUGAGGAAUUGCAUACGGCACUUAUGGAAGCGUCAAUGGAUGGGCAGCUAGAAGUGGCAAAACUUCUUCUUGAUAAUGGUGCACCAGUGAGUAUGGUUUCCGAAUCAUUCGAGAGUCCAUUGACUCUUGCAGCAUCAGGUGGACAUCCAGAAUUGAUAAAUUUAUUGUUGGACCAUGGUGCAGAUAUAGAAGAACCAAACGAUGAGGGUUACACGCCUUUAAUGGAAUCGUGUCGUGAGGGACAUCUGGUUGGUUCUUUAUUGAAAUUUCUUUUAACUAUGAUUAUGCGUAAAUCAACGACUGUUGAUAUGAGACUCUGGGAUUGUGUUGAAAUUUUAUUAGACAAAGGCGCCCAAAUCAAUGCUCAGACUGAAGAAAGCGGUGAAACUGCUUUAACAUUAGCAACUUGUGCUGGAUCCAAGCCAGUAGUUGAGCUUCUUUUGAAAAGAGGAGCAGAUUUGAAUAUUGGUUCAAAUACUCCUUUGAUGGAAGCAUGUCAAGAAGGUCAUCUUGAAAUUGCGAAAUACCUUAUAGAUGAGGGAAUUCGGCGUAAGGGAUUACCGAUCGAUGCGACAACUGCAGCCAAUGAAACUGCUUUGACAUAUGCUGCAGAAAGUGGACAUUUGGAUAUUUGUGCCUUAUUAAUUGAGCUCGGAGCAAAAGUGGAUCAUGAGGCGUCGGGUGGUCAAACAGCUUUAAUGAAAGCAGCGAAAAAUGGAAAUUAUGGUGUUGUGCAAUUUCUCAUUAUGAGAGGAGCUCAGGUUAAUAAAAUUUCAAAAAAUAAUGAGGCAACUGCUUUAUCGUUAGCUUGCGCUGGAGGUUACUGGGAAAUUGUGAGGCUUCUACUGGAUCAUGGAGCUGACCCCUGUCUAGUACUUAAGGAUGGUACGACUUGUGUAAUCGAAGCAUCUCGCAAUGGUCAUACUAGAAUCGUCGAAACUUUAUUAAAUUGGCAUGGAAACUCGCAAUUACGACCGUAUUUUAAAAAAGCAUCUACUAUUAUGCAUAAGAAACGGUCAAAAAAGGUUAUUUAUUGUUAA